UUAGAGAGAGAGAGAGAGAGAGAGAGGCGGUCGCAGCUAUAUAAGUUACUGUUUCUCUUGUUUAUAAAAACGGAUUCCGUUGUCAAUGGCAAUGGCAUCAACCUAAACAAACCCUUCUUCACUCUGUCUUCAUCAUUCUCACGCUUUUCUCGCCUCCCUUUUAUCCUUAUCUGAUAAACCCAUCAAAACCCAGUAACCAAAAACACCUCUUUUCCAUUUUAUUUCCAGAGAUCGAAGCCGCCGGCUAAACGCAGGAUUAGUUGAUUAGAUUGAAAAGCAGAAGGAAGAAGAUGAAAUACGUGCUAGUAACAGGAGGUGUUGUGAGUGGAUUAGGCAAAGGAGUAACCGCAAGUAGUAUCGGUGUUCUCCUUAAAGCUUGUGGUCUCCGUGUUACUUCUAUCAAAAUCGAUCCUUAUCUAAACACUGAUGCUGGAACCAUGUCUCCUUUUGAGCACGGUGAAGUCUUUGUUUUGGACGAUGGUGGUGAGGUGGAUCUUGAUCUUGGAAACUACGAGAGGUUCUUAGAUAUCAAACUAACCAGAGAUAAUAACAUCACUACUGGGAAAAUUUACCAGCAUGUGAUUGCUAAAGAAAGGAAAGGAGAUUAUUUGGGAAAGACUGUUCAGGUAGUUCCUCAUAUCACUGAUGCAAUUCAAGAGUGGAUAGAGAGAGUUGCUGCCAUCCCUGUUGAUGGAGAGGAGGGUCCUGCUGAUAUUUGCGUUAUCGAAUUAGGAGGAACUAUAGGUGAUAUUGAAUCCGCACCUUUUAUUGAGGCACUUGGCCAAUUCUCUUAUCGUGUAGGCACAGGGAAUUUGUGUCUGGUCCACGUCAGCCUCGUGCCUGUGCUUAAUGUUGUUGGUGAACAGAAAACUAAACCGACACAACAUAGCGUCCGGGGGCUACGAGGCUUGGGCUUGAUACCUGAUAUCUUAGCUUGUCGGAGCACAAAGGCACUUGAGGAGAAUGUGAAAGAAAAGCUAUCUCAGUUUUGCCAUGUCCCGCUUGAGUCUAUCUUCACUCUCUAUGAUGUUCCCAACAUUUGGCACAUUCCUCUGUUGCUUAAGGAUCAGAAGGCUCACUUGGCAAUCUCGAAAGUGCUCAAUCUUGCUGGUAUUGUUAAAGAACCAUCUCUAGAGGAAUGGACUUCAAGAGCCGAGUUAUGUGACAACUUACAUGUACCGGUGAGAAUCGCUGUUGUGGGGAAGUAUACAGGCCUCUCUGAUGCCUAUCUCUCCAUCUUGAAGGCUCUCUUACAUGCUUCUGUCGCUUGUCGCAAAAAGCUCGUAGUUGACUGGGUUCCAGCUUGUGAUCUCGAAAAAGAAACUGAGAAAGAGAAUCCAAAUGCGUAUAAAGCUGCUUGGAAGUUGCUGAAGGGUGUAGAUGGAGUUCUUGUACCUGGAGGUUUUGGUGACAGGGGAGUGGAAGGAAAGAUUCUUGCUGCAAAAUACGCUCGUGAAAACAAAAUCCCUUUCCUCGGUAUCUGCCUAGGGAUGCAGGUCGCUGUCAUCGAGUUUGCACGAUCAGUUCUCAGCUUGCACGACGCAAACAGCACAGAGUUCAAGCCUGACACUAAACAUCCGUGCAUCGUAUUCAUGCCUGAGGGCUCAAGAACUCAUAUGGGAGGCACUAUGCGCUUAGGAUCAAGAAAAUCCAUCUUCACAGUCAAAGACAGCAAAUCUGCUAAACUUUACGGGAACAAAAGCUCUGUGGAUGAAAGGCAUCGCCAUAGAUACGAGGUGAAUCCUGAUAUGGUUGAGCGGCUAGAGAAGGCAGGUCUCUCUUUUGCUGCCAAAGAUGAAACUGGCAAACGCAUGGAGAUUGUUGAACUUCCAAACCAUCCUUUCUUCAUUGGUGCUCAGUUCCACCCAGAGUACAAAUCCAGACCCGGCAAAGCUUCUCCUCUCUUCAUAGGACUCAUUGCAGCAUCGUGUGGUGAGCUAGACACAGUCAUGAAUCCAGCUUCUGUUCAUCAUCUGAUUAGUAACUGUCCGAAAAGCGUUUUCGUCAAUGGAACCUCCAAGAAAGCUCCCAAUGGCAUGGCUGAUGUAAGAUACAAUAACGGAUACUGCAACGGCCUCCACUCUAGAUAGCUGCAGACUCUCCCUUUUUUACUAUCUGCAUUAGAAUUGCUUCAUUUUGGAUUUUGGUUUGCUUUUCCCUUUUAUAAACUUAAUUACGGUCUUUCUUCUGUACAUAUGAUCCAAGCUUUUUUCAGGCUUUUAAGACUCUUUUAAAACA